AUGUCGAACGUCGAUCCCCUGCUAACGGCCAUCCAACCCGACGCCGAGCCUACCCCAGAAGUCCUGCCCGCUCUGCUCGAACUGAUGGCUACGGACGACGAUGACUCAGAUACAGAGCUGGCUCGUCUUGCAAACGAUAUUCGUGCCGUUAUGCGCGACCGCUGGAAAUCUCAGACAGACGUCACUCUUGAGCUAUUAGACUGCUUCAUACGAUACAGUUUCCCUCUUCAAGAUGCAAUCAACAUGAUCAACGAUCCUGACGUCCAAGCCUACUUUCAACUACGUGCACAAGCUAAUCAAGAGCUCUACGACGUCGAAAUGACUCUUCUCGCGGCACAAGCCGAGAGGGCCGUCCUGCGAGAGGAGAAUAGGAAGCUAGCAAGACAGCGUAUCAUCAAAUGCUACGAGAUCAUCGAGAUGUACGAGGCCUCCUGCGAAGAUGGGAGUAUUGAGUACUUGAGUCCGAAAGGGAGGGCCAGAUUGGAAAGGCUUGUCGCCGAGGCGCGGGAGGAUGUGGGUGAAUUGUCUUGA